UUAGAUAUCAUCGAACUCGUAUAUUUCGUUCUUCUUCCUGCCAAAUGCUCUGAGAAAUCUCAGUUUCUUCUUCUUCGUUGUUGGUACUCCUCUCUCGCUCGAGUUCCGUCAAUGGCGGCUAUUUCUAGCUCGUUGGUUCUAUCGAAGAAUUCUCAACUUCAUCCAUCAUCUGGCCUUUAUCUGAAGCCACGGAGUCAAGUCCUUGGGAGUUGGCGUUCUGUCAAUGUUUCCUUUGGACUGAAUGGCUCCAACAAACUACAGCUUUCUUCUCAUAGAAGCAGAAAGCCCCUUACCGUUCAAGCAGUAUAUAGAGAUGACGACGGGCCAAGCAGCACAGGCCUAUUUGUUGGAGGUUUUAUUUUGGGAGGACUCAUAGUGGGCGCCCUUGGAUGUGUAUAUGCUCCACAGAUCAGCAAGGCUCUAGCUGGAGCAGAUCGAAAGGAUCUCAUGAGGAAAUUGCCGAAAUUCAUAUAUGAUGAGGAAAAGGCUUUGGAGAAAACACGGAAGGUAUUAGCCGAGAAGAUUGCUCAGCUCAACUCUGCUAUCGACGAUGUGUCCUCUCAGCUCCGAUCAGAGGACACCCCCAAUGGUGCAACCAGCAACACCGAGGAAGUCGAGGCUGCGAUAUGAAAUCUUCAGUUCUAGUCUUUAAUCACCAGAAAUACUUAUAAUUGAUCGUGUUUCCGAUCUAAUGAUGUAUUAACUUUGCAUCUCUCUUGUCUCUUCUUCAAAGGACCUCCUGUCUUUUCUCAUUCUAUUCGGUGUUCUUUACCCCUGGGAGGAAGCUUUGACUACUAAGUUUCCAGUAACGUUGUCAGCUUGGAUUAUAGAAAGCAUUUGUUUUAAGACGGUACA